AAAAACCAGGGCGCGUGCGCACAUCUCUUUUUUCGCCCCCCCCCCCCGGCUCUCCUGGCUAGGGGAAGCCGAGAAUCCAGUAGCCAAACUUUGUGGACGGCGGACUCUGAAGACCGACCUGCCCGGCCGGCCGGCCCCCCCUUCGUGCGGAGGGGGGGCAGGGAGAAAAAGGCGGAGGAAGGAUUCGGGGGGGAGGCGAUCCCCUCGCUACAGCCCGCGGGGCCGCUGUCACCGUUGCUCCUGGGGCGCCGCCGCCUGAGAGGGAAGGGAGAGCGCCUCAAAGGCGGCGGCGGCGGCGGCGGUUCCUCUUUCUCCUCACCCGGCAGCCCCCACCGAGCACCGAACCCCGCUCUGCGCCCGGCUGCAGGAGGGACCGAGCGGAGUCGCGCCACUAUCGGGAGCUGCUGCAGCAAGAGGAGCUUCCUUUCCCCGCCGGCGCCUUCUACCUCGGCAGGGCCUUCGCCUGAGUCGCCGCAAUCGGCCGGGGCAGCAGCAGGCCCUGUCCGCGGUGCCGGCCUUGCAACGCCCGGGGAAGGGGCGGCCGCGCUGCUUUCCGGCCGCCUGGCUGCCCAGCCUGAGCAUCGGCGGGGAGAGGGAGCAGCCUCCUCCGCCAAGGCUCGAGCUCUCCGCGCCCUGCAGCCACCGCCGCCGCCGUGCCUGUCCUCGCUGCUCCCGAGCGGGUCCCGGCUGCCAGACAUGACCGCCAUCAUCAAAGAGAUGGUCAGCAGGAACAAAAGGCGAUACCAGGAGGAUGGCUUCGAUCUAGACCUUACCUACAUUUACCCAAACAUAAUUGCAAUGGGAUUUCCUGCGGAACGGCUUGAAGGAGUAUACAGAAACAACAUUGAUGAUGUUGUGAGGUUUUUGGAUUCAAAACAUAAAAACCAUUACAAGAUAUACAAUCUGUGUGCUGAAAGACAUUAUGACACCGCCAAAUUUAAUUGCCGAGUUGCACAGUAUCCUUUUGAAGACCAUAAUCCACCGCAACUAGAGCUUAUCAAGCCUUUCUGUGAAGAUCUUGACCUAUGGCUUAGUGAAGAUGGCAAUCAUGUUGCAGCAAUCCACUGCAAAGCUGGAAAGGGACGAACUGGUGUAAUGAUUUGUGCAUAUUUGUUACACCGAGGACGAUUUCAGAAGGCACAAGAAGCACUAGAUUUCUACGGAGAAGUGAGGACCAGAGAUAAAAAGGGAGUAACUAUUCCCAGUCAGAGACGCUAUGUAUAUUACUAUAGCUACUUGUUAAAGAAUCAACUGGAUUACAGACCUGUGGCAUUGCUCUUUCACAAAAUGAUGUUUGAAACAAUUCCAAUGUUCAGUGGCGGCACUUGCAAUCCUCAGUUUGUGGUCUACCAGCUUAAGGUAAAGAUAUUCACCUCCUCUUCAGGACCCACAAGACGUGGAGACAAAUAUAUGUACUUUGAGUUUCCUCAGCCAUUACCAGUUUGUGGCGAUAUCAAGGUGGAAUUCUUCCAUAAACAAAACAAAAUGUUGAAAAAGGAUAAAAUGUUUCAUUUCUGGGUAAAUACAUUCUUCAUACCAGGACCAGAAGAAAAUUCUGAUAAAGUAGAAAAUGGAAGCCUUCUUGGAGAUCAGGAACUUGAUGGUAUUUUCAGUACAGAGCGCUCAGAUAAUGACAAGGAAUAUCUAAUACUUACACUAACAAAAAAUGAUUUAGACAAAGCGAAUAAAGACAAGGCAAAUCGUUACUUCUCUCCAAACUUUAAGGUGAAGCUAUUUUUCACAAAAACGGUAGAGGAGCCGUCAAACGCAGAAGCUAGCAGCUCAACUUCAGUAACACCGGACGUUAGUGAUAAUGAACCUGAUCAUUAUAGGUAUUCUGACACCACUGACUCUGAUCCAGAGAAUGAACCUUUUGAUGAAGAUCAGCAUACACAGAUUACAAAAGUCUGAAUAUUUUUUUUAAUUUGGGAAAAAAUACCACGAAGAAGAAAACUUGAAUAAACUGAAUUAUGGACCUUUUGAAAUGGCAAUAGGACAUUGUGUCAUGAUUAUCAGUUGUAGAACAGUUUUCCUGACCAAUCUCAUUUUUGCCCUAUGAAGCCGCCGGGCUUGACACUUGUUGUCCAGUUGAGGAAAAAAAGGUUACGUAGCUAUGUUAUGUAUAUACCUUUUUGUGUCAAGAGGACAUUUAAAUUUCAAUUAGGAACACAUAAAGAUGGCACUUUCCCAUUUGAUUCCAGUUUUAUAAAAGUGGAGACAGAUCUGAUGUGUUUACGUAGGAAUUUUCCUUUUGUGUUCUGUCAUCAACUGAAGUUGCUGUAAAGCUCUUUCUAAUACACAGGUUCAAAUCCCGCCCCUUUCUUUGCACUUAUGUGGCAACAGAUAAGUCUGCAGUUGGCUUGGAGAAGUAAUGGGGUUUUUCUACAUUUGAAUGCAUGUAAUAUGGAUAGAAGAGUGAAAAGAGAAGCUCAGAAAGGAAUGUGUUGUGCUGGACCCUGGACUGUGUACCAUUUCCAGCUUACUUACAUGCACCUCUUCAGCAUGCUCCGAAAUAAAUCCUGGACAAUUGAGGAAUCGCCGCUGUCACUGCUUGUUGUUUGUGCAUUUUAUUUUUUCUACGCAUAACGGUGCUAGAAAAGGCAGCUAGAGGGAGUGGUUCUGUGUUAGGGGUACAGGAAUGAACCUUCCGCAACAUUGAAAAAAAUGAAGGGAUAUGAAACCAGUGUGGAUACAGGUGAAACACAGUAAUAAUGACUUAACCAUAUAAAUGUGGAGGCUGUCUACUGGAAGUGGGCCUAAGCUAUCGUUUGUACAUUAGUUGACAUGUCCCCAGCUACGAAUGGAAAAAGAGGACUACAGCUUUUGUUGUAGAUGUUUCUUAACACACACACACACACACACACACACACACACACACACACACACACACUGUCUUUCAAACAAUUGCUUUUUUAAAGCUUCAUAGUAUAAAAUGGCAUUAACUUUGUUCAUCAGCAGUGGUCCCACUUGAUUAAAUAAAUUUGGAAUCCAUAGUGCCCAGUCCACUAGCAUUAAUAGAGGGUAUAAAAAUCAUGACUAGUCAUGGCGGAACUCAGGCUGAAUGCUAAAUAAAAGGGGCAGCGUGCUCCUUCCACAUUCAUUGGUGAAUUUUGCUCCCUUUCUAAAUCCUGUGUGUAGUUGCGUACCUAUAACUUCAUACUGACUUUAGCGGGACUUGCGCUUAACUACACCGGAUAAUAGCUUUCAUCCAUAAUGUGACAUUUUAAAAAAGCUAAUGUUGAGGCUUCUUAAGUUUUGAUCCUUUUAAUAUGAUUCCAUAGAUUAAAUUGAUGGGCACACGUUGACUAUUGAAUCACCGUUGGCUUUUUUCCUGUGAUUUAAGUUUAACCUGAUUUUUCUUACAAAACAAUUUGAAAACCACGUUAGCCGACUGAAAAGUUUGUGCUUUAAAAUAUUUGGAUGUUGACAGUGUUCAGUGUCUUAUAGAACUUUAUCUUUGUACAGUUCUACUGUGUAAAAUGGGCGGGCCAGUUGGGAAUAGUUUUAAUGGCCUUUUGCACUGUUGUUCUUCCUUUUGGAAUGUGAAGGUCUGAAUGAGGGUUUGGAUUUUGAAUGUGUCAGUGGUUCUGAGAAGCCUUGCUUACGUUUUUAUGGUAUAGUCAUUGAAAAAGGAAAAUGGCAUUUUAUAUAUAUAUAUAUAUAUUAUAUAUAAUAUAUAUUAUGCAUACUCUCCUAUACUUUAUUUCAGCUACCAUCCCUAUAGAACAUGGCAAGAAUUACUAUGACUGAAAGGUUUGAGUCCUGAUUAAAACUUUAUUUAUGACAGUAUUCAUUAGCUUGAAAAUGCAUUCUUGUAGAUAAAUUCUUGAGUUUCUGGACUGUGUGCUUAAAUUCUUGGAUGUGCAGCCGCUUACAUGUCUGAAAUUACUUGAAGGCAUCACUUCGACAGGAGCUUACUGUUAGGGCCUGUGCCAUCCCUAGUCAUCUGUAGCCCCAGUUAAAAUAGUUCGUCACAGUAGUUAAAGGGCAGUUGUAUAAAAUAGCAUCAAGGUUCUUUGCCGUGGCACAGGUUGUAAACCGAAGGGACGUCCACACACAGCAUCAAUUGUUUUCAGCUUUAAGGAACAAAAAGAAAUAAAGGUUAGGGUGCCAGUGUGCAGUUCCUUGUUUAAGUUCUGGCAAACGUGCAAUAUGUUAACGAUGCCUGUGGUUGCCACAAAGUGCCUCGUUUACCUUUUAAAAAUACUGUUAACGUGUCAUGCAUGCAGAUGGAAGGGGGGGUGGAACUGUGCACUAAAAGGAGGCUUUAACUGCAGUGUUUGGUAGAGCUGCCUCUUUACUCCGCCAGUUCAAAAUUCUCAGUCUGUUUUCAUAUAGAAUAUAUAUACUAAAAAUUGUCUGUUAAGCAGCCUUACUCUGAUUCAGCCUCUUCAGAUACUAUUGUGCUGUGCAACAGUGGCUCUGUGUGUAAUGCUAUGCACUGAGGAUACACAAAGCAAGAAAAUGACAUGUACAGGAUAAUGUCUCAUACAAAUCAAAUGUCCGUUUGUUAUUGUGUUUAACAGCCCUUUAUCUUAGUGUUAAAACUCCACUUAAAACUGAUUAAAGUCUCAUUCUUGUCUCUG